AUGACCGACGUGAACGACUCCGGCGACGGUCUGUGGGGCCGACCCGACGACAGCGACUUCACGUAUGUGGUCAAGGUACCUGGUACCAAUGAGGAGGUGUCGCUGACUGCGGUGCAGGACCGCGAGAUCUGCGCUGGCACGCCGGCGUUCCCGUCGCACGGUCACUGCGUGUGGGACGCCGCCCUGCUGCUGGCGGACUAUCUGCAGACCGAGGCGGGCGAGGAUGGCCAAGCCACGUGCAAGUUCCAGUUCAAAGGAAAGAAGGUGGUGGAGCUCGGCGCGGGUGUCGGGCUGGUCGGCAUGGCGCUCGCUGUGCUCGGAGCAGAGGUCGUGGUCACCGAUCAGGAGUACGCGCUGCCUCUGCUGGCCAAGAACGUGGACACGUGCAGUCGUCUAGCGUCGUGGAAGAAGAGUGUCGACGUGGUGGUCUUCUCGGAUGUGCUUUACCACGCUUCGGCGUUCCUGUUGCUGAUCGAGACGCUGCACGAGCUGGUGUCGCCAACGUCCGACGUGUUCUUUAGCUUUGAGACUCGAAAUGAGUCGAUCGAAGCCAACUUCUUACAGCAGCUUGGCAAUACGUUCGACGUGGAAGAGUACCCCGACGAGCUUUUCAUCUAUCAUGCGCGCCUCAAGGCUGGAAGCAAUGAUAAGUAG